AUGGCAAUAAUUCGGAAUGCUUUAUCAUCAAAUAAUACUAAUGAUGAUAAAAGAUCAAUAACUGAUAAUGGCUGCGAGGAAGUAAUUGAUUAUUAUGAUAAUGAACCAGUAACUCCACGAGAAUUGAAGGCUUGGUAUUUACAAAACAUGGCGAUUGAACCAUAUGGAGUAGCAGCAAUAUCAAUAUUGACACCUCUCAUAUUAGAAAGUUAUGCUAGCCAAACAGGGUUUAAAGCUAGUGAUAUAAAUAUCCCAUGUGAUGUUACUGAACCAAAUUAUAAUUGCAUUACAAAAUUUGGUAGUGGUUAUGUGAAUACUGAAAGUUACUCAUUCUAUGUUCUAGCAAUUUCUGUUGUAUUACAAGCUUUUGUAUUUAUUAGUUGUGGAGCUUUGGCUGACUAUGGAACUGCUACUUUCACCAUAAUUGUAAAUUUAUGUUUUGGAGCAGUAAAUGUAUUCUUGCUAGCCUAUAUUCCAGUCUACUCUCGACUUCUACCUAAUGUCAUAGAAGCAAAGAAUGAUCCUAGCAAAGGCUAUCAUGAAGUUGAAACUUUGAUAGAAUACAAUGGAAACAAAUUAUCAACUAAUGCUAUAGGUACAGGUGUAGCUACUGGUAUAAUUCUGUUGGCAAUAUGUGCUGCUAUUGCUAGCUUAAUGGAUGCUUCUAUACUUAGUCUUAAAAUUGGAUGUCUAAUAAUUGCCUGGUUCAUAAUGAGUGAUGGUUUGAAUACAAUUUCAUCAGUUGCAGUUAUCUUUGGUAAAAAAGUAUUUAAUUUGUCAUUUGCUGAAUUGUUGGCUGCUGCAUUAUUAGUGCCACUUAUGGCAAUCAUUGGUGCAUAUCUAUUCUUAUUCAUGCAACAAAAACUAAGUCUAUCAACAAAAACCAUGGUUCUAAUUGUUUGUGGACUUGAAGCCUUAUUACCAAUUUAUGGAUUGUUUGGUUUCUUUGCUCCUUUUGGUUUAAAAGAAAAAUGGGAGAUUUGGUUAUCUGUUGUUUUUUUUGGUUUGAUGCUUGGUGCUGCUCAGAGUUUUAAUAGAGUUUUAUUUGCAAGUUUGAUACCUAAAGGUCAUGAAAAUGAAUUUUUCUCUUUGUAUGAAAUUACUGAUAAGGGCUCUUCAUGGAUUGGUACACUUUUAACUGGAGUUAUUAAUGAUCUAACUGGUAAUUUACGUUAUACUUAUUUUGUUUUGACAAUUAUGUUGGUGUUACCUUUAUUUCUUAUAGCUACUGUUGAUGUUGAAAAAGGAAAAAUUGAUGCUGAAAAUUUUUCAAAAAGAGAAUAUAGUAAAGAAAUUAAAAUUGAUAACAAAGAUGACAAUGAUAAUACAUUGGACAUUGAUAUUAAGAAUAAUAAUUUAAAUUAUUUGUAA